GGCAACACUGUAUUCCGUCUGUUCAUACUGUUCUUACUUGGUAGGAAAGUUGAAAGUUCGGAACUUUUAAUGUCUAUUUUGUCUUGUUCAAUGUUUUUUUCAUAUAUCAAUUAGAAAAUGGUUACAAUAAGAGAUUCUUUACUAGAUCUUAAUUUAAACGACAAUGAAAAAUUAGGUUAUGUGUAUUUAAAUGUGUUCAAGAAUCCCCAUAAAUUACCUAUCAAUGAGAUUCACUUGGAAAGAACUUGGUUUGAUUUGAAAAAAAAUUGUCCAAAUAAUAAUGAAUUUUUGGAAGCACGUCCUGAAGAAAUCAGAAGAAAGCUUCUGGAAAAGAAAACUGAAAUAAUUCCAGCUUUGGAUAAAAGGUGGCUUCCAAAAUGCAUCUUAUACAAAUUUGAGCCAUAUGUAUUCAAUUUAUCAGAGGAUGAAAACGUGGCAUUUAUCACUAAAAAUCUACUCUUCAUUGAAAGCUUGGAAUUUCUGCUGGAAUGUGAUUUUCAUCAGUUUUGGUGUACCAUUUUAUUUGAAACAUCUGCUGCUGUUUCGUUAAGGAGUUUCAUUUUGAAUCCAAUACCAUAUUAUCAAUCUCGAUAUUUAAAAGGCGAAUAUGCUGAAAUCUAUAAAACAGUUUUCAAUAGAUUUCUUCGUGUAUAUAAAAGACUACUAAAUAAUGACAGCGUGGAAUAUAUGCCAGAGAACUAUUGCUAUGAAAAUCUAGUACAGAAAAAGCUUUUAAAUUUACCCGUUGUUAACGUGCUUGCUUUCUUGUAUAAGUUCAGUGAUAUAGAUUUUGUUAAUACUUUAACUACAAUAUACUUCUCAAAUACUUCGCAAUUAGAUUUUCAAAUAAGAGAAGUGGAGGAGCUCAUAAACCACAGUCUGAUGGUUUUGGAAAUGAUAGGUGGACAUGUUUGUGGAUUUGCCAAAGAUGCAGUGAUUGUACCUAUUUCAAUAAAGCCAAGACCUGCACUUUUUGAUUUGUCUUGGAUUUAUUCUGUGGUGAAUUAUCUUUUGAAUACAUUAGCGCUGCUGAAUACACUUUUUGAAUUCUACAAACCUUCCAUUGAAAUGAGUCUGAAUAAAGAACUUCCUUUUAGGAUGCCUUUUAUUUACAUUAGUGUUUAUAAAGAAUUAUACGAACUCUUAGAUAAUAGAGAGGAGUUGAUGUCCCAGAAAGAACUCAGUGAUAAAGUUUUUGACGAGAUAAAUUUGGGACGUUCCGAAUUUGUUGAUGUUUACCAUAUGUUCAUUUCAUAUUGUUUAGAUAAAACACUUGAAUGCAUAGGGGAUCCAAAACAACAGGAACAUCUAGUGGAAACCUAUCUGAGGUUGUUAACCACAGCAUUGGAAGAUGAUUAUUUUAUCUGUGAUUAUAAUAUGAAAUAUAAUGUUGCUAGCCAAAACGAAAUGUUUGAGAGUUGUACAACACUAGAUACAACUAGGACUGAAUUUAUAGUUUCUUGUAUAAACAAAUUUUCUAGACAAAUGAAAAAGUCUACAGUAGAAAGUAUUUUCAAAGAUUUCAAACCUCCUGAAUUGGAACCUGAAGAAGAACCAGUCAUACCAGUACCAUCACACGAUACUGGUAGUUCUAAAGAAAAAGAAAUAGAUAUAAUGAUACAAGAUAUUAUGGACAUGUUUCCACAUCUGGGGGAUGGUUUUAUAUUAAAAUGUCUUGAAAGCUACAACUACAAUUCCAGCGAUGUUAUCAAUGCGAUAUUAGAAGAAAAUCUCCCACCCCACUUGUAUGACAUUCCGUUUGAUUCCAUCAGAAUUCCACCAGAACCUGAACCUGAGAAGCCAGUGUUAGCUUACAAAGGCAAAAAGCCUGGUUAUGACGAUGCCAUGGAGUUAUUGAAUGACAAGAAAGACGUACAAGAGUUCAAAUCUCUCCUUCUGGAAGGAGUGCAGUACACUAAUGACUAUACAUACGAUGAUGAAUAUGAUGAUAGAUAUGAUGAUGACGUACGAAUAAAAGUAGCGGAUAAUCCCCUAGAUGAAGUUCUCACUUUGAAUCCUAAUCGUGAAGACUUAGCUAGUGAUACAAGUUAUUCAUCAGAUGAAGAGUAUGAUGAUAGUGGGAAACCUAUUUCCACAAAUGAAAAUGGAAGAGCUAUUGGAACCCAAGAUCCCAAAUCUAGAAUGAACUUCUGUGAAGAUCCUGCUGUACUUAGAGAACGCAGAGAGGCCAGGUUCAGGGCAAGGGGGCAUCAGCCUCAGAACCCACAAAAGAAACCUGGCGUUGUAGGAAAGCCUAAAGGCCAAGGUCAAGAAAAGGAAGUACUGAAAGCAAGAGAUAAGAAAAACACGCAGAAAUCGUCACGAGCUAAUCAUAGUAGGAAGAGCGGGGCACAGUGGAAACGAACCAGAGGAAUGAUUCCUUCAUGAAAGGAAUUUAUCAGUUACUUUUUGGCAAUUUAUAUGAAAUGUGAUAGGGGCUAAUUUAUUGGAUUUUUCUUUAUUUUUAUUGGUAUUUCCAACCGACAAUAUUUGAGAUUGGGGAAGUUAACACAUAUAAAAUGUCUUUAUUUUCACUCCCUAUGACCCCUGAUCUCAGAAUUUGCAAAGUUAUUUUCCGAUUGGAAACUUCACAGAAACAUGUUGAACUUGUUUCAUUUAGAUUCUUUUAUUUAUAAUAAAUAUAUGAUGUCAUAUUAAACAAGCAUAUUUUGUUA